AUGGAAGUGAUGGAAAUCGCUGGAAAAGAUCCACUAAGAGCUCCAAUAACUCUUGCUCUCGAAAUGAGGUCUAAGGGGUUGGAUGGAUUAGUUUGGGCAAUGAUCCUAUGGCCUCCAAGGUGUAUGCGAACUCGAUCGAGUCGGUCUACAGAGGACUUGGUCGAGCUAGACUUUACAACGGGUAGAAAGAGGGUUCAGAGGUCACAGAGGGUACAAGAGGAACCUGAGGUGCUUGUUGCUGAUACAAUGGAUGUACCAGAGGGGAAUGGAAACCCUUUGGGCAAUGGACUCGGUCGAGCUAGGCAAACUCGACCGAUUGGUCAAGGAGAUGCUCCAAACCGCCACCAACAGAGACAAGGGAUUGUUCCACCACCAGUGCAGAACCACAACUUUGAGAUCAAGCUGGGAAUGAUCAACCUUGUUCAGAACAAGAUGUUCCAUGGAUUGCCAAGUGAAGACCCCAUUGACCACCUUGAUGAGUUUGAUAGGCUUUGUGAUUUGACAAAGAUCAAUGGUGUCUCUGAAGAUGCCAUCAAGCUGAGACUCUUUCCUAUGUCUCUAGCUGACAAAGCUCACCAAUGGGAGAAGAGCUUGCCCCAUGGCACAAUCACCACUUGGGAUGAAUGCAAGAAGGCCUUUCUUGCUAAGUUUUUCUCCACCGGUCGCACAGCCAAGCUUAGAGGAGAUAUCCAGCUUCAUCCAGCGAAACAAUGA